AACCCAGACUUUCCCAUGGCCUCGCUGUACGUGGGCGAUCUGCACCCCGAAGUGACCGAGGCAAUGCUCUACGAGAAGUUCAGCCCAGCCGGGCCCAUCCUCUCCAUCCGCAUCUGCAGGGACAAGAUCACCCGCCGCUCUUUGGGCUACGCGUAUGUCAACUACCAGCAACCGGUGGACGCCAAGCGGGCCCUGGAGACCCUGAAUUUCGAUGUCAUAAAGGGCAGGCCGGUGCGCAUCAUGUGGUCCCAGAGGGACCCCUCGCUCCGCAAGAGCGGGGUGGGCAACGUCUUCAUCAAGAACCUGGGCAAGACCAUUGACAACAAGGCGCUGUACAACAUCUUCUCAGCCUUCGGCAACAUCCUCUCCUGCAAAGUGGCCUGCGACGAAAAGGGGCCCAAGGGCUAUGGGUUCGUGCACUUCCAGAAGCAGGAGUCGGCCGAAAGGGCCAUAGAUGCAAUGAAUGGCAUGUUCCUCAACUACCGCAAAAUUUUCGUCGGCAGAUUCAAGUCCCACAAAGAGCGAGAGGCCGAAAGGGGAGCCUGGGCCAGGCAAUCCACCAGUGCUGACGUCAAGGAUUUCGAGGAAGACACCGACGAGGAGGCCACCUUGCGAUAA